CGUGGCCGCCAGGCAAACUCUGAUUUCAGCUCAUACGAGAACCGUCGGUGCUUGGCACCGUUCCUCCCACUCCCCCCACCCUCGACGACGCCGCCGCCGCCGCCGCCGCCACGUCCAUCGUCGAGCACAGCUUCCGCAACGACGCCGACGAGUCCCAGCCAUCACCACCGCGGCACAGGUACGCCCCACCCGAGGCGCCCGUUCCCGCCUCUGUCGACGAGUUCGCUUUCUCCACCCAGCAUUUUCGCUGGCAGGCACACGCAGUACGAGUUCUGGAUCUGUGUAGCAAUGUCGUGCUCCUGUUCAUUUCCUGUCUCGCCUCCGCAGGCUCCCUAUUCCAAUACACCGGUGCCAGCGCCAAAUACCCGCACCCAGCAUGAGCGUAUUCAACCCAAAAAUUCUCGAUGCCAGCAUCCGGGACAUCACGACAGAUCUCGCUGACGAGCAGAAAGUCGACGUGCUGAUCUACGCCAUGCAACAUCUGAAACUGGACCGGUCGGUACCCCGUUCUCGUUCUCGUCCCCGUGCCCCGGCUCACCCAUCCCCCCCGCUGCAGUUCCAGGACCGUCAUCGAAAACGCAGUCGAGUCCUGCCUCAAGCUCCCAAAGCUCUCUCCAGAAACAUCAAACAAGGCCCGUCUCCUGCGCGCAAAGGCUCGCCUCGCCGUCAGCCUCCACGCUGGCGCGCAUCAAGGUCGGGGCCCCUUCUAGCCUGCCGGCCGUGGUCCGUUCCAGACUGACGCACC